CGGCCAGGGAACGCGCGGGUUGAUUCGUCCUUCCUCAAGCCGCGGGUGCUCGCAGCUCGGAAAUGGCGGGAUUUGGUGCUAUGGAGAAAUUUUUGGUUGAAUACAAGAGUGCAGUGGAGAAGAAACUGGCAGAAUACAAAUGUAAUACCAAUACAGCAAUUGAACUAAAAUUAGUUCGUUUUCCUGAAGAUCUUGAGAAUGACAUUAGAACUUUCUUUCCUGAAUAUACACAUCAACUCUUUGGGGAUGAUGAAACUGCUUUUGGUUACAAAGGUCUGAAGAUCCUGUUAUAUUAUAUUGCUGGCAGCCUGUCAACUAUGUUCCGUGUUGAAUAUGCAUCUAAAGUUGAUGAAAACUUUGACUGUGUAGAGGCAGAUGAUGUCGAGGGAAAAAUUAGACAGAUCAUUCCACCUGGAUUUUGCACAAACACAAAUGAUUUUCUUUCAUUGCUGGAAAAAGAAGUUGAUUUCAAACCAUUUGGAACCUUACUUCAUACUUACUCUGUUCUCAGUCCUACAGGAGGAGAAAACUUUACCUUUCAAAUAUAUAAGGCUGACAUGACAUGUAGAGGCUUUCGAGAAUAUCAUGAAAGGCUUCAGACCUUUUUGAUGUGGUUUAUUGAAACUGCUAGCUUUAUUGACGUGGAUGAUGAAAGAUGGCACUACUUUCUAGUAUUUGAGAAGUAUAAUAAGGAUGGAGCUACGCUCUUUGCGACCGUAGGCUACAUGACAGUCUAUAAUUACUAUGUGUACCCAGACAAAACCCGGCCACGUGUAAGUCAGAUGCUGAUACUGACUCCAUUCCAAGGUCAAGGCCAUGGUGCUCAACUUCUUGAAACAGUUCAUAGAUACUACAUUACAUCUCCUUCUGUUCUUGAUAUUACAGCGGAAGAUCCAUCCAAAAGUUAUGUGAAAUUAAGAGACUUUGUGCUUGUGAAACUGUGUCAAGAUUUGCCCUGUUUUUCUCGGGAAAAGUUAAUGCAAGGAUUCAGUGAAGAUAUGGCAAUAGAGGCACAACAGAAGUUCAAAAUAAAUAAGCAACAUGCUAGACGGGUUUAUGAAAUUCUUCGACUACUGGUGACUGACAUGAGUGAUGCUGAACAAUACAGAAGCUAUCGACUGGAUAUUAAAAGAAGAUUAAUUAGCCCAUAUAAGAAAAAGCAGAGAGAUCUUGCGAAGAUGAGAAAAUGUCUCAGACCAGAAGAACUGACAAACCAGAUGAACCAAAUAGAAAUAAGCAUGCAACAUGAACAGCUGGAAGAAAGUUUUCAAGAACUUGUAGAAGAUUACAGACGUGUUAUUGAACGCCUUGCUCAAGAGUAAAGAGUAUAUUACUCUGUACAAGAAAUUUCAGAUUUCUGUACAUUAUGUUGUGGAAAAUUAAGCGAUGACUUUAAUUUUUAGAUCUUGUAACAUUUUGCUUACAUUAAAAGUUGUCUUUAGUUGAAUAUUUUCUUUUGCAGAGAUUGUAUAUUUUAAAAUACAGUUUAGAGUCUAUGAUCAUAUAUUCCAUUUUAAAAAGAUAUAGCUUCCGAAAUACCACUGCAUUUGCUUUGCUUCUUAAACAGUAUAAUAAAUGAUUAGUUGUGAUAUGUUAAUGUGUGCUGAUACUGUUCUUCAAUACUUAUCAUAAACCUUUCAGUCUGAUUUUCAGUCAGAAAUAGAAAUACUAUUCCCAGUAUUCAUUUGUUUUGUUUUAAAUAAAUGUCUAUUAAUUGCUUGUUGGAGAUAGAGUAGCUAAGAGAGAAAAGAGAAACCAGAUACAACCUGAAACCAAAAUGUUUGGCAUCAACUAUUAAUUGAAACUAAUUUAGAAAUUACUCAUAUACAUUAUUUUUUUCAAUUGAAGUGCCGGGGAUCAAACAUGGCCUCAGACAUGGAGGCAUGCCCUUUGCUACUGAGUCAUAGCUGCAGUCUCUACCCAGAAACAUUUUAUAAAUAAUAAUGUAAGAUAAGAUAAAAUCUAAUUUAUAUAUUAUUAUUAAAAUGUCUUAUGUAAAAUCAAGUGUAUAUCUAUUGCUGCUUGCUAUAAGGUUACAAAGUUGGUAAAGGUCCAUCAAGAAAACAAAGUAUUAUACAUUGACUUUCUUGAAGUAGAGUAAAAAUAAAUUGGUAUAAAAUUGUUAAAAUUAAAAUCUUGCUGUUUAUGUGUUGCCAGUAAACCAAGUAUUUUAUAACAUCAAAAAUGAGAUGUUGGGGCUGGAGUGAU